GCAGCAUAUAGGCAGUGCUAGUUCAAACCCGUCACGUACGCGUUAAGUAACGCGUGGAAUCGAAUUUAUUCCCAUCCGAUAUUUCUAAUUUUGCUUACAAAGCAUUCAUCAGAUUUCAAGCAUAUCCACUCUUCUCACAUUCAAUUCUACCAAGCAGCGAUUUUCAAGGUCAUCCCAUCCCUUCUCUCCUUCUCCCUCCUUUAUCUGCGCGCAGCUACAGCUCUGUUCAUUUCGGUUUUUUAAUAGUAGUAUUUUUGCGAGAACCUACUUUUAAUGCAUUGUGUAUUUGGUCGCUGCUGACUUUUUCGGCUGAUUUCGUGAUUUAUUACUUACUGAGUUCCUGAGAAAAAUGGGAGGUGGAAAGGACAAGCACGACGAAUCUGACAAGGGGCUUUUCUCUCAUCUUGGGGGCCAUUACCCACCUGGUCAAUACCCGGCCCCCGGAGGCUACCCUCCUCAAGGCUACCCACCAUCAGGUUAUCCUCCACAAGGAGGGUACCCGCCAUCGGGAUAUCCUCCGCAAGGAGGGUACCCGCCAGCUGGCUACCCCCCUGCCGGUUCAGCUGGUCCACAUGGACCCCAUCAACCAGGUGGGUCCAUUGGAGGGAUGAUAGCGGGAGGUGCUGCAGCUGCGGCCGCUGCUUAUGGCGCCUCACAUCUGAUGCAUGGCGGUGGGCAUCAUGGCGGCGGUUAUGUCCAUGGCCAUGGCAUGCCGGGCAUGGGCCAUCACGGCAAGGGAAAGCAUGGGAAGUUCAAGCAUGGCAAGUUUGGCAAGCACGGCAAGCAUGGCAAGCACAAGGGAGGGAAGCAUGGAUUUGGGAUGCAUGGUGGCAAAUUCAAGAAGUGGAAGUGAUCCUUUAUGAUGUGAUUGCUGACCCUCAAUCUUUAUGAAAUCAAAGCAAGCGGUUGUGCUAUGUGUCUAGGUUUUUUUUUUUCGAACUUUUUACUGAACCAAGCCAUAAGUGGUGCAUGAUAAGCAGUCAUUUGCCCCGACUUUCUGUCAUGGCGCCGCAGUUAGUUAUGUGUAUAGGAGCUGGAGAUGGAAGAUAAUAUAGUUGUGUUAUGAAGAUAAUAUAGUUGUGUUAUGUUUUAUAAGUUUGUAACUCUGUUUGAUACGGGUGUUUUAGUAUUUUACUACUUGUGUUCCACUGUAUUAAAAAGUCGGUCUACAUGCCUGCCUAGGUGGUACUCGAGUGUACCUAUUUUUGUCUAACCGGUCCUUCUAAGCGCUCGGGUAAUUAAACAUCCCUUAGCCCAGGUGGUUGUGAAAUUAGUCGGUCUAGGUGGCGCAUAGGCUGAUUAAGCGGUCCAGAAGCCGCUUAAGAGCCCGUAUAGUUUUUUUA